AUCUUUUUAGCCGCUUCACAGUAAACAUAACCUCAAACGAUUGUUUCCCAAACAAAAUUAAUGACCGCAAAAUAAAGCGAAUAAGCAAAAAUGUCGGAUGCCUGGGAGCAAAUCCAGGAGAUUAAAAGCAAACGCAACAUACUGCGCGAACGGCUGGCAAAACGCAGAAAAGAAAGGCAAGAUAUUUUAGGUUCAGCUUCGAGCGAAGCUCCCAGCUGCAGCGGGGCUGUCAAAGAGGAAUUCAAGGUUAAAACGGAAACAAGUGAAGUCGAGGAUUUGGUUAAGGUUGAUCCGGAGUUGGAAGGGCAACUAUUGAAGGCGCUGAGUGAGGUUACGUUGCAACUACCUGUUACAUGCAAUGAUUUGUUGGGUUCUUUGAAGCUAACGCUGGACAAAGAGGCUUCGCAUCGGCAGGUCUGUAGCUUGUUGCAUAAAUUCGCCACGCAGAAGCUCAUAACGGUCAGAGAAAGCGUUAAAGAUGGUGGGAACGUUGUCGAGGUGACAUCGGUGGAAGUAACCAAAGUUAAUGCAAUGAUUUUGGAGUUUUUUGACGAUAAGAGUGAUAGUAAGGGUGAGUUGAAGAGGAAGAGAGUUGUGUCUCCCGAUAAGGGUGUUGAGGAUGAUGAGAAAAAGAAGAAAGACAAGAAGGAACCCAAAGCAGAUAUCAUGUCAUUAUUGUCGAUGCCCUCGACAAAAGAAAAAGAAAGUAAAAAACUGGGCGAAGAAAUUCUGGACCUGCUGAGCAAACCGACCGCCAAAGAGCGAUCUUUAGCGGAACGGUUCCGCUCCCAGGGCGGAAAGCAGCUGAUGGAGUUCUGCCCGCACGGCACGAAGUCCGACUGCGAGCGCAACGGCGCCGCCAACGGCCAGUGCAAGAAGUUGCACUUCAAGAAGAUCAUCCAGAAGCACACGGACGAGUCCCUGGGCGACUGCUCGUUUUUGAACACGUGCUUUCACAUGGACACCUGCAAGUACGUGCAUUACGAGGUGGACAGGUGCGGGCGGGCGGGCGGCGGUAACGUCAGUUCCGCCCCUUCCAGACCCGUAGCCAGGGUCGAGGAAAGUACGGUCCUGUAUCCCCCGCAGUGGGUGCAGUGCGAUUUGAGGUUCCUGGAUAUGACAGUUUUAGGAAAAUUCGCUGUGAUAAUGGCCGACCCACCGUGGGACAUCCAUAUGGAACUGCCAUAUGGAACCAUGUCUGACGACGAAAUGCGGCAACUAGGCAUUCCGCAAUUACAAGACGAGGGUUUAAUAUUCCUGUGGGUCACUGGUAGAGCCAUGGAGCUAGGAAGAGAAUGUCUAAAAUUAUGGGGUUACGAACGAGUUGACGAAAUUAUAUGGGUAAAAACCAACCAACUGCAGAGGAUCAUAAGAACAGGCCGUACAGGACACUGGUUAAAUCACGGGAAAGAGCACUGUUUGGUGGGUAUGAAAGGUGACCCGCAAAAUUUGAACCGCGGUUUGGACUCUGACGUCAUCGUGGCCGAAGUGAGGGCUACCAGUCACAAGCCGGACGAAAUAUACGGCAUGAUAGAGAGGUUGUCCCCGGGGACGAGGAAAAUCGAACUUUUCGGUAGGCCCCACAACAUCCAACCCAACUGGAUUACUCUUGGGAAUCAGGUCGACGGGAAUAGGCUGGUAGAUCCCGUCUUGAAGGAGAACUUCAAGAAGAGGUACCCCAACGGGAACUACAUGGCGCCACCGCCGGAAAUCGCCCAUUGAUUGUUUUAUUUUGACGUUUUUUUAUUACUUUUUGUUUAGGUUUAAGAAUAAAUGUGACUUUUGAAUCAAUGUUGUUU